AUGGCGUCACCAAGACCAGUCAUCAGUGUCCUCGGGUCACUGAACAUUGACCUUGUCUCAUAUGUCCCUCACCACCCUCUUCCUGGCGAGACGAUAACUUCAAGUCGUUUCAAUGUCUUUCCCGGAGGAAAGGGUGCCAAUCAAGCGGUUGCUUGCGCAAAGCUUUCAAGAACCUCCGAUCUGAAGAACCCAAGCGUCGAUGUUACCAUGAUCGGUGCAGUUGGAGCGGACGCAUAUGGAACCGUUCUUCUUGACAGUCUCAAGUCUUAUGAUGUUGGAACAGACUCCAUCAUCGUGAAUAAAGACGGAGGUUCUGAGUCACAGAGUGGAAUUGCCAUGAUUAUCGUCGAUGAACCAACUGGCCAGAACCGCAUUAUCUUAUCACCAGGAGCCAACAACUCCCUCCAACCAAGCCACUUCCCCGAGAUCCCCGGCCCAGCACCAUCAUUGCUUAUCAUGCAGCUUGAGAUUCCUCUGGAGACAGUUAUCCAGGCGUUUAAAGCCGCCAAGACUAUAGGAACUCCGGUUUUGCUCAACCCCGCUCCUGCUCAAGUGCUCCCAGCAGAGAUCUACCAAGGGCUGGCACAUUUAAUCCUCAACGAGACUGAAGCGGCUUUGUUAUCAGAAAAGGACGAGUCCGAGUUCGAAGAUAUCUCUGUCGUUGAAAAGGCCGCUGCUGAUUUCCUUGCUCGAGGCGUGCGGAACGUUGUGAUUACUCUGGGUGGCAAAGGAGCAUACUAUGCCAACGACACGGGUGCCAAGGGUCUCAUCCCCGCUCUGAAGGUCGAGGUGGUGGAUACUACUGCUGCUGGUGAUACUUUCAUCGGUGCUUAUGCAGUUGAGCUUGCAGGCGCUGAGCAACGGUCGGAGCAGUUCGACAUUGCGAAGGCUGUUAGGUCAGGAAUAUGGGCGUCAUCAAAGACAGUCGUGCGAAGGGGAGCGCAAGUGUCUAUACCAUGGAAGGAUGAAUUGGAAUCAGCACAGUAA